AUGGACAACGGCCGCUCCAGCGCCUACCAGUGCCCUGCCCUGUACUCGGGGGCGUUUCGCCCCAGCAUCGCCUCGCCGGAGCCGGGGCAGACCUUCCUGUGGAAGGCAACGAAGCCGUUCGUCAACGGCGGGCUGAGCGGCAUGAUGGCCACCUGCAUCAUCCAGCCCAUCGACAUGAUCAAAGUCCGCAUACAGCUGGGCGCCAAGGGCAACCCGAUUGCUGUUGGCAUGGACAUAGCUCGAAAGCAAGGCGUCCUUGCCUUGUAUGAUGGACUCAGUGCCGGACUCCUCCGUCAGGCUACAUACACAACUGCCCGGUUGGGUAUAUUCAACACUCUGAGCGCAGAGUUGAAGCACAGGAACCAGGGACAGAACCUUCCACUUUGGAUGAAGGCUGCCUGUGGGUUGACUGCCGGAGGACUGGGUGCACUGGUGGGAACGCCCGCCGAUCUGUCCCUCAUCAGGAUGCAGGCAGAUGCAACACUGCCACCUGAGCAAAAACGGAAUUAUAAGAAUGUCAUGGAUGCUUUGCUCAGGAUCACCCGAGAGGAGGGCUUCUUUGGCCUGUUCCGUGGCGCUGCCCCCACUGUCACCCGAGCGAUGGCACUCAACAUGGGAAUGUUGGCAUCCAACGAUCAGGCUCGGGAGAUGCUGGUCGAUGCGGGGUUUGAAAAGGGAAGCUACGUGGUUGUUUUGGGUGGCUCCACCAUUGCAGGUUUCUUUGCUUCGGCUUGCAGCCUGCCAUUCGACUUCGUGAAGACUCGGAUGCAGCGCAUGACGGCCAACCCGGAUGGCACUAUGCCCUACAAGGGCUCCAUUGACUGCGCGGUGAAGACAUUCACGCAGGAGGGUCCCCUCAAGUUCUACACCGGCUUCCCGACGUACUUCAUCCGAAUCGCACCCCACGUCGCCAUGACGCUCGUGUUCCUGGAUGCGCUGAGAUACAUGCAAGGCAAAUUCGGGAUGUAG